AUGCUGUCGCCACAGUGCCACACGCAACAAUCAGGGCGAGGUUGCGGUGGCGCUUGGACAAAAGUCUGCAUACACGACACAGGGAUCCGAGGGCAUUGCAAUCGGGGCCAGCGCCGCCUACACCAGGGACGUGAGGCCGGAAAGACAAAGCAGUCUACCAACGGAAUUGCCCUUGGACGGCGCGAAACGCUUGGUUUACCACUUUUGUUUGAGGGGUGGCUGGUGCAGAGAGAAAGCAGGGAGCUGAAGGUUGGAGAGUGUACUUCGUCAGACGACCCAAAUGGGGUGCGACUUCGGUACACGGACUAUGUUCGACACGCGACAACCGUAGAGUACGAGGCCUUGUCCGUCACAUCAAGUCGAUACACCCCGAGACCGAGGAGGCGGUUACGCCCAUCGCCACCCGGGUCACUUAAGCUGGUGCCGACUGGCUGUCUAGUGUUUUCCCCGACGGCGGUGAAGAAGAGUAAAAUUCGAAAGGGAUUUGGAAUCUACACGUGCAAGCCGUGCAAAACGGCCUGGUUGUCGGCACAUGCGUUCCCCAAGUUUCAUCAGCAGUGCAAGACGUGCUUGAUUAACCGCAAGCCGUAUGCCAUGUUUGAGUGCAGCGGCCGGGACGAUAAGGACGACGUGAAGAAGGAGAUAAAGCCCCGCAUGUGUGGAUUGUGCGAGGUUUGUAGCUCCGAAGGCUGCGACGAAUGCCACCCCGCCAAAAAAAUAACCGCGAUUAUCGUUUCGCAGUAA